UUGCUACUCUGUAUUUCACCUAAUACAACAUUCAGCUAUAUUUGACACUGGCGCCAACUGUUCAAUGGUAAUCAGCUGUUCGUGACGUCAUAGUACAGCUCCCCCUUCAGGUUAAAAUGGCUGCUGCUACCCGGGUCCUCUCUCGUCUCACCGGUGUGGCACCGGUGGGGGUGCGGUCAUGCUACACAGCCACCCGACCCAACCUGGCCAUCAAUGAGCACACCAAGGUCAUUUGCCAGGGAUUUACAGGCAAGCAGGGAACCUUCCACUCCCGGCAGGCCAUUGAGUAUGGCACCCUCAUGGUGGGUGGUGUGUCACCUGGCAAGGGUGGCAAGAAGCACCUUAAUCUGCCAGUGUUCAACAGUGUGAGGGAAGCUAAGGAUGCUACAGGUGCUGAUGCCUCCGUCAUUUAUGUGCCUCCCCCGGGUGCUGCUAAGGCCAUCUUUGAGGCAAUGGAGGCUGAGGUGGGUCUUGUGGUCUGCAUCACAGAGGGCAUCCCCCAGCAAGACAUGGUGAGGGUCAAACAUGCACUCUUGCGUCAGAACAAGACUCGCCUCAUUGGACCCAACUGCCCUGGCAUCAUUGCUCCAGAGAAGUGCAAGAUUGGAAUCAUGCCCGGCCACAUCCACAAGAAGGGCAAUGUAGGAAUUGUGUCACGGUCCGGCACGCUCACCUAUGAGGCGGUGCACCAGACUACCCAAGUUGGACUUGGCCAGACUCUGUGUGUUGGCAUUGGUGGUGAUCCCUUCAAUGGCACCAACUUUAUUGAUUGUCUUGAGACUUUCUUAAGGGAUCCUGAAACUAAGGGUAUCAUUCUCAUUGGUGAGAUUGGAGGAGGAGCUGAAGAGAGAGCAGCAGAAUACCUUAAAGCAAACAACUCAGGACCUGAUGCCAAACCUGUGGUGUCAUUCAUUGCGGGCCUGACCGCCCCUCCUGGCCGGCGGAUGGGCCACGCAGGAGCCAUCAUCUCCGGGGGCAAGGGUGGUGCUAUGGACAAGAUUCAUGCAUUGGAAAGUGCUGGAGUAAUUGUGUCAAGGAGUCCAGCACAGAUGGGUAACCUGCUGCUGGAAGAGAUGAAACGACAGGGGUUGAGUCAUAAGUAAUGGAGAAGGUGUGCUCACUGUGUCCAGCCAAACCCAGAAAUUCUUCCAACACAAGACUGCAAGAAGUCGUUCAGCUGUCUGGAAACUGGGUGAUUCAGAAAAUAUCCUUUCCAGCUCAUGUUUGUAUGGCUAUGCCUCAUGGCUAGAAAUAUUUUUAUGCCUCAAGUUGGUUAUGGGAGCUUAGAAGAUUUUUGUGGUUCAAUUUUAUGUGACUGAAUUGGUUUAGAUCUUAGGCUUUUUUUUUUACAAAUCACUCCUACAACCAUAGACACUGGAGACAAAAAGUAGGUGGCAAAUAUUCUAUUCUAUGCUGGUGAUGCAUUUGACUCAUACCUACUGUAGUAUGAAGAAACUUAUCUGAUGUUGUACAGCUUAGUUUUGUGGUUCGUUUCUUUUUGCUCAGUUUGUUGAAAUAUUGUUACUGCACAUUUCAUGUUUAGAGAGAGAACAAUUGGUCAUUACUUUGCACCAGUGACAACUUCCUUACAUGCUGAACUUGUAAAUAUGUGGUUUUGAUGUAUGAUUUAUGUUGGGAUAAUGAACUGUAUCAGUGGCAAUGAAAAAUGUCAAGUACAUGUUCAUAUCAUUUAAAUUGUGGUUUCCUUUCACUGUAAAUUAUCCUCAGAAUCAAACACUGUACUUAUUAUAUUUCAUGUAAUAAAACAAGACAGUCAUCAA